UAUAAUUAUAUAUAGUCAGUCGUAGCAGACAAUUUCAGAAUCCAAACAUCCCAAAAGACAAAACCAAAGGCUUUUUCGAAAGACUAAACAUGAUAAUGAAGCCAACGACCUUCUUCUCUGCCUCUGUGGCGCUUUUGAUGUUCCAAUGCCUUUCGGUACUCUGUGUCGCUCAGGACUUCGAUUUCUUCUACUUUGUCCAACAGUGGCCGGGAGCCUACUGCGACUCGAGGCAAAGAUGCUGCUACCCGAAGACAGGGAAACCCACAGCUGAUUUCGGGAUCCAUGGCCUCUGGCCUAACUACAAGAACGGCGGGUAUCCAUCCAACUGCGAUCGCGACAGCGUGUUCGACGAAUCCCAGAUAGAAGACCUGCUGCCGCAGCUGCAGAAAUUCUGGCCGACACUAUCCUGCCCGAGCGGCGAUGGCGUGAAGUUCUGGACCCACGAGUGGGAGAAGCACGGAACCUGCUCAGAAUCCGAAAUGGACCAGCACGACUACUUCGUGGCUGCUCUUAAGCUCAAGGAGAAAGCCAACCUGCUCCAAAUCCUCAAGUCUGCUGGAAUCAGGCCGGACGACGGGUUCUACGAGGUGGAGAGCAUUGUGGAAGCGAUAAAGGAAGGGACAGGUUUUAGGCCAGGAAUGGAGUGCAAUGUGGAUUCUUCGAGGAACAGUCAGUUGUAUCAGGUUUAUAUGUGUGUGGACACAUCUGGGACAGAGUUCAUUGAGUGCCCCAUCCUGCCAAAGGGGAGAUGUGGUUCUUCAAUCCAGUUCCCCAGGUUUUAGGAGGACGAAUUCUGGAUUCUUUCAUCAUUAUGGCUCUCUGUUUUCUUGGAUGAUAACGUUGUGUUUAUUUUUAUCUUACAGCAUUUUAUUCGUCUUGUAAUAUAUGAGCAUCAAGCUACAUGUGACAACUUCAUAUUCUGUGAUUUCCAUUUGCUAGAUCGGUUUAUCUUUGGAGUGUGGUGAUGAACAAAACUUAAUUGAUUACAAUUCUAAGUUCGAGAUAACUAAUUAUCAUUAGGGUGGCCGUAGUAAGAAAAAAGGUUACAGGUCCAAGGCAAUUUGAACCCGCUCCGUAGGUCUGGCAAUCGGAUCAGGUUGGUUAAUUUUGGAUUAGGGCCAUGGGUUACGGGUCGGUUCAUAUUGGGUUGGCUGAUUUUGGGUUAAAUAUUGUCAAACCCAUCGGGUUUCGGGUCAGGUUAUAGUUCAUUACAGAUUAUGAGGGCUCUCAGAAACAAUAUCAUACAUGCUUCAUAUUUUUUUAAAGAACACAAAUCUUUACAUAUGCAUGGAAAUAGUUUACCUAACACAUGUCAAUUAACAUAUUCUCAAAGAGUAAUUUUACCAGGGUUCAAGAAGGCGUGCCUAGGCGUACGCCUAGGCUCAAUUAGGCGCUAGGCGGUAGAUGAUUGCCUUGACUUGGCCAUAGGCGUUGUAAAAGGCGCUGGUAGCUCUUAGUAGGUAGGAAUAGCGCUUAGUUUGCGCCUAGUGGAGAGAAGGCGUGCCUGGGCGAGCUUAGGCGGUUAAACCCAAUACUCUUCGUUUUGUCCUAGAAAAUCAGAAACUUGCCUCUUGCCCUAGAAAAUAAGAAACACGGAAAAUCAGUAACAUCUGCUGCCGCCUGCCGCCCUAGAUCUUGCCCCAUCUGCUACCGCCUACCGCCCUAGCUCUCGCCCCAUUUGCUGCUCUCUGCCGCCGCAGGAGAAAGUCAUCGAUCACUCUUCUCGCCUUCACACAACUCCGCUGCUAUAGUGGGAAAUAAAGUCGAAACUCGUCAAUUGCUGCUCCUUCCUUCUCCUCGGUACGUAGCACAAGCUUCUUGCCUCUAUAAGCACCUAUUAGCAGAUGAUUGGUCACUAUUUGCUUGUUAUUUGUUAUGUUAAGUGUUUACUGUUAAGAACUAGGCAUUGCUAAUUUUAUAUGCACUUGAAUUAUAUGAAUUAUUCCAGAAAACAGGAAAUAUUUGAGAAUUUUUCCAUUUAUGCUCUGAACGCCUAGGUGCGCCUAGGCUACGCCUAAUCGGGCAAGGCGCAAGUCAGGAGCCGAGCGCCUGCCUUACGCCUAGCGCCUUUUAGAACCUUGAAUUUUACAAUGCUAUAUAGCAUUGAUGCUAUAACUUUUUGCCUUUAUGGUACAACUUGAAGUUGUACCUUUAACGUUAUGGAACAACUUCAUAUUGUACCUAUACUUUUUUGUACAAAUUCUUUAUGGUACAACUUAAACUUGUACCUUCAUGUGAUGGUGCAACUUUAAGUUAUAAAGUUGUACCAUAGCAUAAUUUACAAAUUCCUUUAUUGUACAACCUUAAACUUAUACAUUUAACGUUGUGGUACAACUUUAAGUUGUAUAUUAAAGCACCAAUACUUUAUAGUAUAGUAGAAGUGUUCAUUCUCAAAUCCUCCAUGCGAAUGAAAUGAAAUGAAAUCC